UCCCACCAAAUGUGGGGCUCUGGGUGUUAGUUUCUCUUCCAUAAAAUGGAGGGGCUCUGGGAGUGGGGAGGUGGGUGUAGUUUCCCUGGAGACUCCUACACCACCAGGAGGUGAAAACAGGGGUUUGGAAGAACAAGAAUUUCUGUAGGGGUCACAGUGGGUCUGCUCCUGGGAUGCAUUCUCACUGCCUGAAGCCCAAAGUGAAGUCAUUUGCCAGCUCUGGGAUAUCAGAAUGCCUUCUCUUCCUCCAAAGACACUCUUUCCCAGUUCUGAGCCCUUGUUUUCAGUGUGCCUUCUCCAAACUCAGGGCUUUCCUCAGGGCCUAACAGCUGAGAAAUUGGGGGAAAGAGGCAGGAAGAAGAAGCAGGGCUAGAGCGAUUCCAGAAUUGGGCCUGGAGGGAGGAGGAGCAUUUCCUUUCUUAAAGGUGCUGGCCUCUCCCCUUGUUUGCUCAGAGAUAGUCUCACUCUGGCCCAGCUUGAGGCUGCUGCCCUUUAGGCGCUCCCUUCCCUUUCUUAGCCCAGACACUGAGAUACCCCAACAGACAGCAGGACUUGGACGGCAGGGUCGACUAUGGCCUGGCUCCCGGUGGAGCCUUUCCUCUGGGGGGCCCUGCUGGGCUGUGUGUUCCUGAGUGGACUAGCUGUGGAGGUGAUGGUUCCCACCAAGCCGCCUAGCACACCGGUGGGCAAGACUGCCGAGCUAAACUGCAGCUACAGCACAUCAGUAGGAGACAACUUCGUCCUGGAGUGGAGCUUUGUGCAGCCUGGGAAGCCCAUCUCUGCGUCUGAUCCUAUCCUGUACUUCACCAAUGGCCAUCUGUAUCCUGCUGGUUCAAAGGCAGAUCAGGCCAGCCUGCUCCAUCAUCCCCCUACAGGAGGGGUGGCCACCCUGAAACUGACUGAUGUUCGCCCUUCUGAUACUGGAACCUACCUUUGCCCAACCCCGCAAGAUUUCUACAUCAAUGGGUUGGGAUUAAUCAACCUUACUGUGCUGGUGCCCCCUAGUAACCCCAUAUGCAGUCAGAGUGGGACAACCUCUGUGGGAGACUCUGUCAUACUGAGAUGCAGCUCUUCUGAGGGAGCUCCCAAGCCAGUGUACCACUGGGUACACCUUGGAUCUUCUCCUACACCUUCUCCUGGCAACCUGGCUCAAGAUGAGAUAUCUGGCCAGCUCAUUCUCACCAAUCUUUCCCUGACCCCCUCCGGCAUCUACUGCUGUGUGGCCACCAACCAGAUGGGCAGUGCAUCCUGUGAACUGACCCUCUCUGUGACAGACUUUUCCGGAGGCUGAGUAGCUGGGACUCUGAUUGGGGUGCUCCUGGGUGUGCUGUUGCUGUCAGUUGCUGCAUUCUGCCUGAUCAGGUUCCAGAAAGAGAGGAAGAAGGAGUCCAAGGAGACAUAUGGGGGUAGUGACCUUUGGCAAGAUGCUGUGUCUCCUAGGAUUUCUAAGCAAGCUCUGCGGAAGAGGGAUUCUAGCAAAGACCUCCUGGAGAGGUCCCCAUCUGCCAGCACGGUGACAACCCAGAAGUCCAAAGCCUGUAUGGUUGUCUGAUUUCUCCUGAUCCCUGAAGGCAGUAGAGGUAGAGGAGAGUAUCAGUAAAAUCUUUGCAUACCAUAUGGCCUCCCUUUUCUUUCUGCUGGUAUGGUGAAU